AGGGACCAGAGAGAGAGGGAGUGGGUUGAUUAAAUAAAUAAAAAAAAAUGUUGGCAUCAUAAAGGGCAUGUGGGAGACCACGGGAAAGAGAGAGAGAACUGUCAUGUGUGUGUGUGAUGUAUGGGUGAAGAAUCAGCCGGAGAGAGAUCAAGUUCAGAAAGAGAUGAGACUGAACAUCCAGGCAACAAAAUCGAGAGGUUUUACUGGUCGGUGAGUGCUAACGAGGUCAUGUCGGCGAACCCCGAUCACUACGUCACACUCGUCAUGAAGAGGCUAGUGAAAGAUGAAGUUACAGCGGAGUCCGGCGGCGGCCAAGGUCAUGUCGGCGAACCCCGGUCACUACGUCACACUUGUCGUAACCUGACUUCCAAGUCCGAAAAUCGAACGCCGGUGAAGCAGCUCAAGCUUCUCCGCCCCGAUGAUACAUUGCUUAUCGGACAAGUUUAUCGGCUCAUCAGCUUCGAAGAUGUGUUGAAGGAGUUCGCUGCAAAGAAGUGCGUGAAACUCGGGAAGCUGUUGCAGAGAGGAGCAUUGGCUGAGGAGAUUGCGUUGUAGGUGAUUAGAGCUACUGAGAAGGUUGUGAUAAGGGUGAAGAACGAGUUCCCACAACCCAUUUUCUCAUGUUGGAGCGAUGGUGGCGACUGAGGAUGUGCAGAUCAACAGAGGAGGAAGACCGAUGACCAUGGAGGUGGAGUCGCCGAGGAGGACGGACCCAUGACCGUACCAUUUAUCAUGGCUGUAACAGUUGCAGACUAUGACUUUAGAUGAAGAGGCUAGUGAAAGAUGAAGUUACAGCGGAGUCCGGCGGGCGGCCAAGGCGAGACUGCCGCCCGACGGUGAAGCAGAAUGAACAAGUUCUUAACCUUGCUCUGAUACCAUGUUAAAAUGUAUGUAUUAUUGAUUGAUAUUGUUGUGUUGUUAUAUUGAUAUUACAAGGAUUCCUAUUAUAUAGAAGAAGAUUUGGGUAGUAGGUGAGGAGUAGGUGAGGGUAAAUUGGUGGUAGGUGUAGUAGGUGUGGUAGUAGGUGGUGGUAGGU